CUUACUAAGUUUAUAUAUUUUAUCCCUUAUAAAGAAUUAAGUACUAUAGAAGACUUAGUAUAUAUAUUUAUUAAAGUUAUACUCUCGAACUACGGUUUACUAAAAGAAAUUAUUUUAAAUAGAGAUAAGUUAUUUAUUUUAAAGUUUUAA